UUUUAAAAAGGGCUGUUUAUUUUGCCUAUUAUUUUUUCAUUUGUAGUGAACUGCUCAUCUACAAUGUAUUAUACAUUCAGUUGUGUUGUUUUCUACAUUUUUAAAUUGUUUUUGGUCCUCUCUGAACUUUUAUUAACAGCCCUGGAAGCUCCAGUCUACAAACAAGAAGCUUUUUCGUGUGAUCAUCUCGCAACAGGACAUUCAUAAAAUUAAGCUUGAUUCUGUUCCUGAGUCAGUAGAUGGCCUCAAACUAGUGCUAAAAAGCAAACUGCAGCUAAAAGAGUCCUUUGAUCUUCAGUAUGAAGAUGAAGACUUUCAUGACUUUUGCAACCUUACACAUAUAGCUGAUCUGCCUGAGGAGAAAGUGACGUUGAGGGUCCUUUUCAAUCCAUCUGCAGAUACUUUUUCAGACUCAAGUUUAGACACUGCAAGCUUAUCUGUCUCCUCUCCGUCUACAUCAUCUUCAGCAAGCAAACAUUCACAGUCAUCUUCAGGUCGUUCACAGCUGUGGCCAGCUUGCUUUACUAUUCCCACCUUCUCGUAUGAUGUUGAGCUGAGGCUGAGACAGGGCAAUGAGGCUCAUAGAAAAGAUGGUGCGUUGUUGACCAUUUCUAGAGACAUUAAGUCUGAAAUUCUAGAAAAACUUGCUGAGGCAAUAUAUUCAUACAAAGCCUAUCCUGGGAAUGAGGAAUUUGAAAGUGUAGCGAUUGCUCUUGUUGAAAAACACCCUUGUCUAAAAGAGCCAGGCUCCGCAUCUGGGUGGUAUGGGUGGAAACUAAGUCUAAAAUUUAAGAUGGGGAACUAUAGACAAAAGUUAAGGGAUGCAGGUUGUCAAGAACUGAAAGUGAAUUCAGAGAAGAGAGGUCCUGGCGAGGCCAGAGGAAAGUGAAACCAAGUGAAGAAGCCUAGACGGUCUGAAACAAACUUUCUUCCAGAUCUCCCACAGGGAAAAGACCGGAAAAGUCUGGAAGAGGAACGAGAGCAAAUCGUUCAAGAAAUGAAGAAAAGGAACCCUGACUUUGCUUUUGUAGAUGCAAGAAUGAGCAGCACAUAUUCUUUGAGAAGACAGGAAAUUGUUGAAGAUGAGCCUCCAGUGUCGGAAGUGAAAGUCAGAUGGCCGGCACUUUUCACUGAGAGACAGAUCAGCAUGGAAUUCACCAGGCUUGUGUCGAUGGACCUUAGCAUGUCCUUUUAUGGGGGUCUUGACUCCCAUCUCCUGAAGCUUCUUCAGUUGUACCGGUCAAAACGUUUUGAAGGGAUGACAGAAAUGACUGCCAUACUGGAGAGCCUUGACAAGGAUGCAUCAAACCAAAGGAAGAGGGCAGCGGUGCUGCAGGCUCUGCCUUGGUACAUGAGAGAGAAUCCUGCUAAAUUCAUGAAGAUAUGUGAGCCCACUAAUUGUGAGGAGGAUGUCAUCAAAAGAAUGACUAUUGGAAUCCUUGCCAUUGUAGAGGAUGUGAAGGAGCCACUCCCAGUGAUCUACAGUGAUGUGGCCCUGGUGAUCGAAGAGCAAGUUGUCCUUUGUAAUCUUGGUGAUGUACCAAAUGCUUUUAUGAACUUGAUGGGGCUGCUCUAUGUAUUGAACAUGAACUACCCCAAAGAACUCAAAUAUACCUUUGAGGUGAUUCAGCGUCUGUUCAUGGGCAUUGGAGUAGAUUCCUGCACUGCAAGAGUCCACACACUGAAGAAUAAAUUACUGAGUUAAAGAGAGAAUUUUUUGUGGGUGUAAUGUGUAGUUCUCUACAGCCUUAACCUUUAAUGCUUUGUUUUAAAUUAUUUUAUUGAUUUUUCUUGGUCCAUUAUGUAAAAAAUUGUUUUCCAAGACUGCAAAAUCAGUCUUCUUGUCCUCCAACUAUUUUUGCAGAAUAUGGUGUAUUUAUUCUUAGUGCUUUUGUCUAAAA